GUUAGGAUGGGGUUGAUAAUAAUAACGCCCAACGGGCUCUUUUCAGAGACUUUGAACUUUGUGUGACCGCUGCUGACAAAACAGGGCAAAGACUCAUGAAGCCAACGAAGUGAGAUCACUCUUCGUUCAUUCCUCAGCCGCGAUCACUUUCGGAAGAGGCGAUGAGAGGAGAACAUAGGAUAACAUUUCCGCCAGCGACUCUCGAUGCCGCUUCUACAAGAACGGCAUCAUAUCUUGAUUUGCCACUGGAGCUGUGGCGACUCGUGUUUGAGUACCUGCCACCUUCAGCGAUUCUCCAGGGUGCCCUUGUUUCACCAACAUUGUCGCUUUCACACUAUUGUCAAUCCCAGAUCUGGGCCAGGAUCGAUGCAGAGGACUGGGUUCUUGAGGGAGUGUACCAGGGCCUCGCCAAGAAUGCGUCGCUGAUCCGGAGGUUGUCCUGUCGGGCCAAGUCGAAGCUGGAUGUACUGUCGGUCCCUGAGUGCCGGUUUCUCACACAUCUGGAUAUUGAGCAAAUGCGAUUCCUAAGCAGCGCAGUCUUGGAGCGGGUGCUGGAGCAUAACUGUGAGAGUUUGCAGAGCUUGCGGAUUCGGCUGGAUAGGAGUAUUUUUCAAAUGGUGACAGAGAAAGUGGGGAGAAUGAGGGAACUGAGGGAGUUGUAUCUGCAGCAUUGGGAAGGGAUUCACCAGGACGCGCUCGAGAGGCUUCUGGAAGCGUGCCCACAGAUCGAGACAUUGUCGCUUGGUCACAAUUCUUUGUACCCAUUUCGACUCGAGAACAUGAAGGAGAGUUCUGGUGCACCGCCGAAGACUCGGCUCAAGAUUCAGUCGCUGACUCUUGAUGGGGCGGUUAUUUUUCAUGAAGACCUAGUCCUCAACCUGGCUUCGCGCUGCCCUGACCUCGAGAGUCUUUGCAUGCAGGGAUGCUUCGGCAUCCGGCUGUCUUCGACAUUUAUCACGUCGCUGGCGGAGCGAUGUCCGAAGCUGCAGAGGCUCAAUCUCACGAACCAGUCGACGACCGACGAUUUUUACAAGACCCUGUUUUACGUUCUUCCACAUCUCAAGGAGCUCAGGGCGACGAGCUCGGUGCUGACGGACGACGAUGUGCAAGUGCUAAUCGAGUAUUGCGGACCGACGCUCCAGAUUCUCGAUAUCGGACUUUGCACCUCACUCGGAAGUCGGUCGGUUCUCUUGAUUCUUCUCAAAUGCCCUUCUUUGGUUCACUUAGAUGCGCGCGGAGUCGAUUUCAAUCCACGGGAUAUGGAGCCAGCGGACGAAUGGGCAUGUACUAUGCUCAAGUCGCUCUAUCUCGAGAUCUUGCUUCCGAAACGGAACCAUUAUCCUGUGGGAGAACCCGAACGGAUCAGGGGCAAGUUGUACCAGCAGCUUUCGCGGCUAACACAGUUGCAGUCCUUGCAGCUCGGCGCAGGAUCGAAAGAUAGGGGCGUCAAUAUUCUGGAGAUGUCGCUUCUGACGGGACUGUCAUCCCUGGCAACGUUGACACGGCUCGAGAGACUCGAGAUCAAGAAACUGAACCAUGCAGUCAGAAGUGCGGAGGUCGCCUGGAUGGUCAAGGUCUGGCCGCGGCUACAAAAACUUGGGAUCCUGUUAGACACGAAUGCGGAUAUGGAGCUCGUGCGUACGGUCCAUCUCAGGAACAAAAAUGUUUAUGUCUGGUAGAUAUAGCAUUUUGGAGGACUAAAAAAAAACUCAAAGGGAUGAAUAAAUGGCAGAGGGUGUAUAUGCGCCA